CCAGCUGUCACCUGCUCCUCACACCACUGUCUCUUCAACCACCACCACCACUAUCAUGAAGGCUGUUGCGAUGAUGGCGCUGCUUGCUGUGGCGACGGCCGAAACACUGUACACGGCCCCUGCCCCCGGCCCGGCACCUCUUCCUCACCCCGCGCCCUCAUACGGCCCUCCCGCCGCCAUCCUCAAGGACGAGCGAGUCCACCCCGACGCCCACGGCAACUACGCCUUCGAUGUGGAGACCGAGGACGGCAUCGCCAGGCACGAGUCUGGCGGCGUGGGCGGCACCCAGCAGGGCUCCUUCAGCUACACCGCCCCUGAUGGCACUCCCGUCCUGGUCAAGUUCGUGGCUGAUGAUAAGGGUUACCAGCCGGAGUCCGACCUGCUGCCCGUGGCCCCCGCCUUCCCCCACCCCAUCCCCCAGUUUGUUCUCGACCAGAUCGCCAAGGCUGCCGCAGAGGACGCCGCCGCCACCCGUCCCCAGGCACCCCAGGUCCAGGCCCCGGCGCCCAGCGGAACCUACGGCCUGCCCUAGUUAACUCAUCCUCCUCUCCCUACGAUUUGACCAACUGAUAACUCAAGAUGAAUUGCGUGUAUGUGUGUGUGUGUGUGUGUGUGUGUGUGUAGAUAGUACGGCUUAUUUCUUAUUUAUUGUAUUUACUUCGAAUUGCUGUACAUUGUAGAAUAAACUGCAUUCUCUA